AGUAGCUAAUGGCAUAAUAACUCGUUAGCAGAGGAAACGGGACCAACUUUCUCGAUUGACAAAUUUUGGGGAAAUGGCUGUUUCAAGAGCACUCAAAAGCUUUUCCACUGUUUCUUCAGAUCCAUUACGCGUUUGCAUCGUGGGGAGCGGACCUGCCGGGUUCUACACUGCCGAUAAGAUUUUGAAAGCUCAUGAGGGAGCUGAAGUUGAUAUAGUUGAUCGGUUACCGACGCCAUUUGGAUUAGUCAGGUCUGGUGUGGCUCCUGAUCAUCCUGAAACAAAGAUUGUGACGAACCAAUUUUCUCGGGUUGCUCAAAAUGGACGUUGCUCGUUCAUUGGGAAUGUGUCGCUUGGAGGCUCCAUAUCUUUGGCUGAGCUGCGUGAAUUAUAUGAUGCGGUGGUGCUUUCUUAUGGUGCUGAAAGUGAUCAAGCUUUAAGAAUACCUGGAGAAGAGUUGGCUGGGAUAUACGCUGCCAGAGAAUUUGUUUGGUGGUAUAAUGGCCACCCAGACUGCAGAAAUCUGGCACCAGAUUUGAAGAGCUCCGAUACUGCUGUUAUUAUUGGUCAGGGAAAUGUAGCUCUUGAUGUGGCGCGUAUCCUUUUACGACCAACUACUGAAUUGGCAACAACUGAUAUCUCUGACCAUGCUUUGGCAGCUUUAAGCGAGAGCUCCAUUAGAAAAGUGUAUUUGGUUGGAAGACGGGGAGCAGCACAAGCAGCCUUCACGACGAAAGAGCUGCGUGAACUUCUAGGUAUCAAGGAUCUGUCCAUUAAAAUUCGACAAGCAGAUUUAAGUAAAACCCCAGCAGAUGAGGAAGAAUUAAAGAAUAACCGGAUUAAAAGGAGAAUUCAUGAACUGCUCUCCAAGGCAGCCACUCCGGCAGCUUCCGUAUGCAGUCCAGGUCAAAAAGAACUGCACUUUGUUUUCUUCAGGAAACCAGACAGGUUUCUGGAAUCAGAUUGUAGAAGUGGUCAUGUUGCUGGUUUGCGGAUGGAGAGGACAAUUCUUAAAGAAGAUGUUGACUCUGGGAAACAGAUUGCAGUUGGUACUGGACUUUUUGAAGAAAUGGGAUGCGGGCUGGUAUUGAAGAGCGUUGGUUACAAGUCGAUACCUGUUGAUGGCUUGCCUUUUGAUCACCGUAAAGGAAUUGUUCCAAAUAUUCAAGGACGUGUGUUAAGCGAAGCUUCUGGAAAUGCACAAGUUGAGAAAGGCUUAUAUGUAUGUGGGUGGUUGAAGAGAGGACCAACUGGGAUAAUUGCUACAAAUCUUUACUGUGCUGAAGAAACUGUUGCUAGCAUAUCAGAAGAUGUAGUGAGAGGAGUGGUAACAUCAAGAUCUGGCUUAUCAAAGCCCGGAAGACAGGGCCUUCUCGAAUUGCUUGAUAACAGGAACGUGAAAAUUGUUCCUUUUGGUAGCUGGGAAAAGAUCGACAAUGAAGAGCAAAGGAGAGGGAGUCUGAAAAACAAACCCAGGGAAAAACUUACCAGUUGGCAGGAUUUACUAGAAGUUGCUACCAAGUGAUAAAAGUGUGUCCAGGAUGGCAGAUUUUGCUCACUUGUUGCAUGGUAAAUCCUGAACUCAAUAACUCUUCAGAUGUGCUGCAUUUGGUUGGCCCUCGGCAUAUAGAUGAUUGACAGUGCAUUCUAAGAAAACAUGAGAAAUUAUCAGUUACCUGCUCAAUUGCUCUGUUUUGAGCUCUUUGGUCCUGGAACCUUCUACUGACAUGGUCACAGAUUCUAACCAGGUUGAGGCAGAUGAGAAGCGUUGUGCUUUUGUGACUUAUUCAUCAUUUGAAAUGGAGCACUGUAGUUGUAUUUUAGAAGAAGCUCAGCAUAUUCAAUUUUCAUUUGUUAAAGCCUGUUUUCACUCAAAUGUAAUUGAUUUCAGGUAAGGGUAUUGCAAGGAAAGAAUGAUCCAAACACACUUGUUUUUGCAUUAUUUAUCUUUGGUUAUAUAAUCAUCUUUUGAGCUUAUAGUUCAAAA